AUGAGUGAAAUAUCUGAAGAAAUAUGCUAUGUAAUGCUUUUUUACUACAAAAAAGGCAAAAACGCAGCACAAACAUGCAGACAAAUUUGUGAAGUUUACGGCGCGGAUGUUGUAAGUGAACGCAGGACGCAGGAGUGGUUUGUUCGAUUUUGUUCUGGAAAUUUUGAUGUCAAAGAUCGACCUCGCUCUGGUCGGCCAGUCAUUGAAAAAGUCGAUGAAAUUUUGCAACUGGUCAAGCAAGACCGGCAUGUGAGCUGUCAGGAGAUAGCCAAUGCACUAAGAAUCAACCAUAUGACAGUUUGGAGUCAUUUGAAAAAGACUGGCUACGCAAAGAAACUCGAUGUUUGGGUGCCACAUGAAUUAACGCAAAGAAAUUUGAUUGAUCGAAUUUCCAUCAGCAAAACACUACUAAAAUGCAACGAAAUCGACCCAUUUCUGAAGCAAAUCAUCACAGGCGAUGAAAAAUGGGUGAAAUACAAGAAUAUUGUUCGUAAAAGAUGGAAUAAGCGCGGCGAACCACCACAAACGACUUCAAAGCCUGGAUUGAUGGCAAAUAAGGUGAUGCUGUGUGUAUGGUGGGAUUGGAAGGAAGUCGUCCAUCAUGAGAUGGAUAGAUUACAGGAAGCGAUUAAGGAAAAACGACCAGAAUUGAUUAACAGAAAAGGUGUUGUCUUCCAUCAUAACAACGCCAGACCACACACAUCUUUGAUGACGUGCCAAAAAUUGAGGGAGCUUGAUUGGGAAGUUUUGAUGCAUCCACCGUAUAGCCCGGACCUUGCACCGUCUGACUACUAUUUGUUUCGAUCUCUGCAGAACUCUCUUGAUGGAAAAACUCUCUUGGCUGACAAAAGAGCUGCCGAAAAUCACUUGAAAAAGUUUUUCGCUGAUAAACCACAAAAGUUCUCACGGAUGGAAUUAUGA